GAGACACAAAGACGGAUCAUCAUUAAGACAUCAUGAAGGCUUCAUGUGUCUCCCUGAUUUUCGGCCUGGCCGCGCUGCAGUUUGGACAGACCGAUUCUGCAGGUCGUUCUGUGAUCCUGGAGUUGCCCAAACUUCCUGUGAUUAGAGGAAGUGAUGUCACUCUUCAGUGUAAAAGCAGCGAUGGCUCCAAACCAACGAUGUUCUUCUUCAGGAACGGGAGCUUCAUUGGACACAGAUCCACGGGAGAGUUUACCAUCAGUGACAUGCAGCAGACCGAUGAAGGCCUCUAUCACUGCUCCGCUGGUUUAUUCUCAUCGUCGGAGAAGACGUGGCUGAGAGUCACAGAUCCUCCUCCUCCGUCUGUGCUCCGGCUGCUCUGCCAUCUAGUGGUCGUCUGUCCAUACAUCAUCUCCACCAUCCUGAUGGUGUGUGUCUACUGUGGCAAGAGGAGAGGAAACAAAGCGGCCGUCUCCAUGGAGAUGGACCCUCGAGCUAACGGUGGACAAAGGCCGUCCGCAGAGCGCGACAACGUCACCGAGCGUGAUUUCUGAACAGGACAUUUCUCAGAUUUCAGGACAUUUCUCAGAUUUCAGGACAUUUCUCAGAUUUCAGGACAUUUCUCAGAUUUCAGGACAUUUCUUGGGUUUUUGGAUGUUAAUUGGAUUUUUGGAAGUUUCUGUGACUUUAAGUUGUUAUUAAGAUUUCAAGACAUUUCUACGUUAAUGUGAUUGUCAUAACUAAACGCUCGAUUUGAAGUCAGAUAACUAAAAUUAUAAGGAUUCAUCCUCUGUGGAUGAUGAAUAUCUGAAGUGUUGAAAGCUCAUAAGAAAGUUGGUAAGAGGUCCUUGAGUCGAGAUCAUUUUGUCAAAAAGCUUUAUCAUGUUUAAUAAAAUGCAAAUGUGUUUUUUUUA